UGGGAAGCAAGGCAGCAUGGCCAGGAGGGAGACGGAAGGAAGGAAGAAACGGCAGCAGCCACGGAAGACACAUGAAAAAUAAGACAGAAAAUGAGAGGGAAUCACAAGAAUGCACCAAGUGUCUUCCUGGGGAAUUCUGUGGUCAGAUAAAGUUCAAGAGAAAAGGAAUCUGCUGAGGCCAGUGUUAACGUGUCGGCAAACCAACUCAGUUCCCACUCACUUUUCCAUGUACAAUGUAACUGCUCCAGGACAGAACAGAAUCACCUUGGGCUGCAACAAAGACCGUUGUUCUUUGUUGUUCUCUGUUGAUGGCCAAGCCAAGCCAAGCCAACACAUGCAAUUGAAAUACAAUUUCUCGGAGGUUGGCAGAGUCUCCUUCUCUGUGCAAGCACCACCAUCAAACAGACACCAUGCAUUGCGGGAACAUGGUCAUCUCUCUCUUCACUAUGGGUUCGAUCAUAUCUUGGUCCAAGCUGCCUGGUAUCGUUGCCAAAUCAAAAUCUAUGCCCAGAUGGUGUAAACGCCCCCCGAGAUAUGGAAACUGCAAUGAAGCAUUUCAAAACUUUUACUUUAAUCCCAAGAAAAACUUAUGCCAGACAUUCAUUUACAGCGGAUGCGGAGGAAACAAAAAUAACUUUGCAACUCUCGUCGACUGCCUUUAUGAAUGUGAAAGGUUUGUGCUCAUCACACCCUGGAAAGAUCUGGCAGGUGAUAUGAAGUGGCGGCGAGAUCCAGAUCCAGAAUGCAAACCCAGAUGGAGAAAAGGACGGUGCCGACAUAAACUAACUCGCUAUUAUUAUGAUGUCAAGAAUAAACGAUGUAGGCCUUUCACGUAUAGUGGCUGUGGAGGCAAUUACAACAAUUAUGCAACCUACGAGCAGUGUGCUCAGAAAUGUGAACCAUUUGGAAGUCCCGACUAUUCGAAACACCCUGAAAGGAAUCCUGAAACUAAGCCUCACACAUGCAACCUGCCGGUAGAUGUAGGACCUUGCAAUGCAAGUUUUCCUCGUUUCUAUUAUGAUGCCAAAACAAAGAGCUGCAAGCCAUUUAAUUUUGGUGGCUGUAAUGGCAAUAGCAAUAACUUUGGGACUAUAGAAGAUUGUAUUUUGGAAUGUAAAAACCGAGGUUAACUCGAGAUCUACAGCAUAAUAUUUUCAGGCUCACUGACAUGCAAAUGGAUCACACAGAAUAAAAGCAUUAGGAGUAACCAUGAAGACUUUUCAUCUUGAUGUACCAGACCUUGAUGGGGACGAAUAAAUUCACUUUCUUGCC